AUGGAUCAAAGCAAUCACAGUGCUUUAUAUAAUUUUAUUCUGCUUGGCUUCUCUGAUCAUCCCGAACUGGAGAAAAUCCUGUCAGGAGUUGUCACCAUCUUCUACUUUAUUAUAUUGGUGGGGAACACAGCUAUCAUUCUGGCUUCUCUCCUGGAUUCUCAUCUCCACACACCAAUGUAUUUUUUUCUCAGUAACUUAUCUUUCCUAGACCUGUGUUUAACCACCAGCAUUAUUCCUCAGAUGCUGGUUAACCUGUGGGGCCCUGAGAAGACCAUCAGUUAUGUGGGCUGUAUCAUCCAGCUCUAUGCUUAUAUGUGGUUGGGUUCCAUUGAGUGUCUUCUUUUGGCUGUCAUGUCCUAUGAUCGUUUUACAGCCAUUUGUAAGCCCUUGCAUUAUUUUAUAAUCAUGAACCCACAACUAUGUCUCAAGAUGAUUAUCAUGGUCUGGAGUAUUAGUUUGGCCAAUUCUGUAGUAUUAUGCAGUCUCACUGUGAAUUUGCCUAGAUGUGGAAACAACAUUCUGGAUCAUUUCCUGUGUGAGCUGCCAGCCAUGGUGAAGAUUGCGUGUGUAGACACCACCACGGUGGAAAUGUCUGUUUUUGCCUUGGGCAUUGUCAUUGUCCUCACUCCCCUUGCCCUUAUUCUUAUAUCCUAUGGCUACAUUGCCAAAGCUGUGCUGAGAAUGAAGUCAAAGACAGGACGGCGCAAAGCAGUGAACACCUGUGGAUCUCAUCUCACGGUGGUGUCCAUAUUUUAUGGGACUGUUAUCUACAUGUACCUGCAACCAGGUAACAGUGCCUCCAAGGACCAGGGCAAGUUCCUCACCCUCUUUUAUACCAUUAUCACACCAAGUCUCAACCCUCUCAUCUACACCUUGAGGAAUAAGGACAUGAAAGACGCACUGAAGAAACUGGUGAGGGUUCACCUGGAAUCUGCAAAGCUGAAGAGGACCUGGAAAUCAUAG